UCUGCUCUCCCGUGAAUGCGAAUUUGAAGGCAUUUUAAAGGCACAAAACAAACAAGUAGUACUACACAAGUUUUCAGAGAGAUUUCCCGCCUGAGCUUCGUCUUCUUCCCGCAUUUCUCAGAUCCAAUGGCCCCGAAGUCCGACAACUCCGAAGGGAUUGUGCUCAACUUCGUGAACGAGCAAAAUAGACCAUUAAAUUCUCAAAAUGUGGCUGAUUCUCUUCAAAAGUUCAACCUCAAAAAGGCUGCAGUACAGAAGGCACUGGAUACUCUUGCUGAUAGUGGGCGGAUAUCAUUCAAGGAAUAUGGUAAGCAGAAAAUAUACCUUGCUAGACAAGAUCAGUUUGACAUUCCAAACAGUGAAGAACUUAACCAGAUGAAGGACGAAAACACCAAGUUACAAGAGAAGCUGAGUGAACAAAGAAGAGCAAUUAGCGAGGUUGAGGGAGAAAUUAAAGCUCUGCAGUCAAAUUUAACUUUAGAACAGAUACUUGCUAAAGAAGCAAGUCUGAGAAAGCAGGUAGAGGAGAUGGAGGACAAAUUGACUAAAAUGCGUGGUGGAGUAACUCUCGUUAGCCCAGAAGAACGCAAAGCUGUUGAGGCAAUGUACACGGAUACGAUAAGCCAGUGGAGAAGACGGAAGAGGAUGUUCAAAGAUGUAUGGGAUGCUAUAACUGAGAACUCACCUAAGAACCUCAAAGAUUUCAAGGAGGAACUUGGCAUCGAGUAUGAUGAAGAUGUUGGCGUGAGUUUGCAGUCUUUCUGUGAUCAGCUGCAAAAUGGGAAGAAGCGAGCUAGGGGGCAGUAACUUUUCAGUUCUCUGCAAAGGAUAAUAUGGUAAAUCAAUUGAUUGGUGCCUUUGUAGAGGUAAAUCUGGCACAUAUGUCACUGAUGCUGUAUGUUGAGAGUUUUAUCUUCCUGCGUACCAGUAAUUUACCGUCUAGAGAUAAGCCUUUCACUUGUUUAUGUACAGUGCUUCAGACAAAUGUUUAUGUAGUUGGAACUGGUCGUAGACAUUGUUUGGACCAAAGAAUUUGAAUUUGAAUUUCUCAAAGGAAGCUUA